CUAGCCGCGGGCACAAUGGGCCUAGUGCCUGGAGUUAGGUUCCUCGGCCGUUAUCGGACAGUGCGAUGCCACCCUGCUCUCAUCAGCCGCUGGCCCGCCAUCUCCUUGAGCCCUAACACCAUGCCUUCAAUUAAGUUGCAGAGUUCUGGUGGAGAGAUAUUUGAAGUUGAUGUUGAAAUUGCGAAACAAUCUGUGACUAUUAAGACCAUGUUGGAAGAUUUGGGAAUGGAUGAUGAAGGAGAUGUUGAUCCAGUCCCCUUGCCAAAUGUUAAUGCAGCAAUAUUAAAAAAGGUCAUUCAGGGGUGCACCCACCACAAGGAUGAUCUGCCUCCUCCUGAGGAUGGUGAGGACAAAGAAGAGUGAACAGAUGAUAUCCCUGUUUGGGAUCAAGAAUUUCUGAAAGUUGACCAAGGAACACUUUUUGAGCUUAUAUUGGCAGCAAACUACUUAGACAUCAAAGGUUUGCUUGAUGUUACCUGCAGGACUGUUGCCAAUAUGAUCAAGGGGAAAAUUCCUGAGGAGAUUCGAAAGAUAUUCAAUAUCAAAAAUGAUUUUACUGGGGCUUCCCUGGUGGCG